AUGGAGCAAAUUCAUACUCCAGUAGGAACCCCAGCACUGGCAGCAGGGCAGCACGCGUUGGCAGCAGGGCAGAACGCAGUGACAAGGCAGCAAGCGUUGGGUAGCCUGGGUAGGCCGCAAUCAGCAGGGCUGCCAGUCCCAAACGAACCACUUGCUGUUUCAUGGGGUUUCAGUGUCGAGGUGUCUGGGGGAUUUAUGACACCUGGUGAGGAUGGGUCUCUGCAAGAAGCGAAGGAGGGGGUGGAGGUGGAGGUGGAGUGGCAGCAGCAGCAGCAGCAGCAGCAGCAGCAGCAGCAGCAGCAGCAGCAGCAGCAGCAGCAGCAGCAGCAGCAGCAGCAGAAGGAGGAGGAGAAGGAGGAGGAGGAGGGUCAGGAGCAGCCACAGGGACAGGACCAACAGCAGGUGCUGAAACAGUGGCAGCAGCGCCAGCAGCAUCAGCGGCAUGCACCGAGCUUCUCUCAACGCAGCUCUUUCAAUCUCAAGGCUGGAAGGAGGGGCAAGGUAGCUACCGUUGAGAGAAGCUCGGUGCAUGCCGCUGAUGCUGCUGGCGCUGCUGCCACUGUUUCAGCACCUGCUGUUGGUCCUGUCCCUGUGGCUGCUCCUGACCCUCCUCCUCCUCCUUCUCCUCCUCCUUCUGCUGCUGCUGCUGCUGCUGCUGCUGCUGCUGCUGCUGCUGCUGCUGCUGCUGCUGCUGCUGCUGCUGCUGCUGCUGCUUCUGUCGCUGCUUCCGGAGCUGGUGCUGAGGAUGCAGUCUCCCACUCGCACCGUGUCCCUCCGUCCCCCGCCAAUCCAACCACCAACUUUGAUGGUACGGCCCGCUGGCAUGGAUUCAUCAACACAGAGAAGUGCGGUGUUGAUGCCUUGGAGCAUGAUGCCUAUAAGGGAAUCAACAGCUACGGGACUGGUGGUGGGACCCUAAACCCUGGCAGCAGUGGAAUAGAUGUCGAAAUGCAGGAACCUGCAGUAGAGGACUUCAGGCCUGCAUACAAUGCUGGUGCUACUGACCAGCCUACUGCUGAGCACCUUUCUCAUCCUCACCCCUCAGCCAACCUGUUGAUCCUGAGAGACAAGGAACACUCUGCAGUUGCUGCCUGGGGCCUCACCUCUUCAUCUUCUCGCAUCCAGGGUGCAGCCUAUCACAGCUUCGAGAAUCAUAUUAAUGCGGUCCCCUUGAUGGAGCAGUUGGGAGUCAACAGAGUAGGUUUGGAGGUUGGGGAACAUGGGAUUGAUGCAGGAGAGUUGAAUACAGGGGAAUUCGAGCAUGAAGCAUCGCCUAGCCCUGGUGCUGAAACCUACACCAUUGAUGCACUCGAGAGGUUCUUGAUGGAUAAUGGGGACCAUAGGGAAUAA